AUGGGCUUCUGGAAGUUCUCUCCUUUCCUGGUUCUCAGCAUCCUGGCCCUAUACCAGGUGGGCAUCCUCCAGGCAGCACCAUUCAGACCUGCCUCAGAGAACUCUCUGGAACCCCCUAUACUCACUGAGAACGAAGUAUGCCUCCUACUGACUGCAGUGCUGAAUGACUAUGUACGCCUGAAGGUCCGUGAGCUGCAGCGGGAGCAGGAGACUGACAGCUCCAGCAUCACUGCCCAGGAGAGCCCCUGCGACACCACCCCCUGUGUGACCAAGAAUCUGGAAGGCUUGCUGGCCAGAGCUGAGCGCAUGGUGAAAAACACAUUUGUGGCUGCCAGUGUGGACCCCGAAGCCUUUGGCCAUCGCCACAAGGAACUUGGAGCCUAA